AUGGUAGUGGUUGGGAUGAUAUAUGAAAGAUAUGGCGAUUUUUACAACGAUUCAAAUUUUACUAUAAACCAGCUUAAACUUUGGGUUCAAAAUGAAACCUACCGUGGCUCUGCUGUGUAUGUGAACAGAUUCUUAAGUUAUUGUAGAACAAAUGGAUAUGAAAAGACGGCAUUAGAUUAUUGUAGAGGUUUACCUAGUACAUAA